AUGCCUCUUAAGAAGUCCACCACCACUGCCCCCAAGAAGGCCGCCGCUGCCAGCGCGAACCAUGGCUCCUACAUCGAUAUGGUCAAGGAUGCUAUCAUCAACUUGAAGGAACGCAAUGGAUCCAGCCGUCAAGCUAUUCAAAAGUACAUCAAGGCCAACAACAAGGUCGACAACCUUACCGAUGCUGCCUUCAAGAGUCACGUCAACCGUGCCAUCACCUCUGGUGAGGAGAAGGGCGAGUUCUCGCGUCCUAAGGGUGCUUCUGGUACCGUGAAGCUCGCAAAGAAGGAGGCUAAGCCCGCCGCCGCUAAGAAGACCGAGCCUAAGGAGGAGAAGAAGGAGAAGAAGCCUGCUGCCACCAAGGCUAAGACUGCUACCAAGGCCAAGGCUGCCCCCAAGGCUAAGGCUACCGCCACUAAGGCAAAGACCAUCACCACAAAGAAGGCUCCCAUCACCAAGAAGGCCACACCCGCGAAGGCUACUACCACCAAGAAGACUGCCGCCGCCGCUAAGCCCAAGGCCAACGCCAGCAAGCCUCGCAAGUCCGCAACCGCCGCCGCCACCGGCCCUGCCCCUGCUGUUGAGAAGGAAGUCACACGUGUCCUCGGAAAGACAAAGUCCGGACGUGUCACCAAGACUAAGGCGCCUGAGACCGCUACAUCCAAGGCCGCCCCAAAGAAGAGGGGCGCGCCCAAGAAGGCCACUCCCAAGAAGGCCACACCGAAGAAGGCAUGA